ACUUUUUCUCCAUGUGCUGUAUCUUUUCUUCCUUUUUUUUUCUGUUUGGCACCCAUUGUGACACAGCGGCGCCAGGAACUAGCAGUGAGGAGACGCCUAGCAGCAGCGGAUGUUCCGUCUAUUGUAUUUUAGCUUGGCGACUGGGACAGCUAUGUGUGGUCACCUGAACCUUAGAAAAGAGAAGUAUGAGCUGCACAACGCUAAAGUCGGAUUGGCACACCUGAGCUCACAUCGAUCGACUGCCGUCGAUGUUAGAUGCUGCCGCCGAUGUAAGGUGCUGGCCGAGACGGCAACAAGUCGAACCCUUACUGGGAGCCCAUCCCCUGCAGCUAGGCAUACAUCGUAACAGUGAACUGCAACACUUAGAGCGAUAACAGGG